AUGAUUGGUGCCAUUUUACCGAACUCGCUUAGUACUCAUUCUACCCAACUUUUAGCCAGAUCUGAAACCUGUACUACACAGGUUUGUCGUGAUACUGCGUCUUCCAUUUUGCAUGAUUUGGAUUUAAAUGCGGAUCCUUGCAGCGAUUUCUAUCAAUACACAUCUAUUGGAACCUUUGCGGUUUUGAGAAAUGCUAAUUUAGAUGAUUUGAGUCAAAUUCUCUCUAGCACUUAUGAUAGUUAUGUUCAAGAUAUCAAAGCAAACAGCACUAACAGCUCUGACUUAUUGAAUGACGCCCAAGCCCUAAAAGACCGUGAAAAUUUUGACAAGAUCAAGGACUUUUAUCAAUCUUGCAUGAAUGAAGAUGCGAUCAAUAGCUUAGGGCCUACUCCAAUGUAUCCACAAAUUGCACAAUUACUUGCUAAACUCGGUUAUUCAACUGAUUUGCCUGACACCCGAUUCUCUUUGGACAAUGUUCAACAACUUACUGAGACGCUAAUUUAUUUGGGCUCUGAAGGCACGGAUGCUCUUUUCGGUACUGGUGUAGGACCCGAUGACCAAUCUCCUGAUAAAAAUUCGAUUAGUUUGUACCAACCUGGACUUGGUCUUCCAUCCCGCGAAUACUACAGCCAGCCAGAAAUAAUUACUAACUAUCGCGAAGGUCUUGUUUCGAUUCUAGGUGCUAUCUUAGGAAAUCCUACUGGUAAUAGUCCUAUUGACGUCUUACGCCGUGAAAAGAUGGCUGAAAAUAAGUUGCAAUUACUAAGCCCUGAAGAUGUUAAAGAUAUGGUGGAUCGUUUUAUUGAAUUUGAGUCUCAACUUGCCGAACUCACUGUACCCAAUGAUGAACUUCAAAACCCCAUUGAAUUGUAUAACCUCAUGUCUAUAGCACAACUCCAUCAAAACUAUCCUAUUGUGGAUUGGCUAAAGUUUUUCAGCAGCUUUACUUCAGAAGAGACUUCAUUACCUGAACAUGUUAUUGUUACCGCUCCAAAAUUUAUGCAAAGGCUGACUGAUUGGCUUUCAAACAGCUCUACUCGUGGAGAUGGUGCUACUACUGAGUCCUUAAGAGAGUUCCUUGUUAUCAGGACUAUUAUGUCGAACAUCGAUCUUGUUGAUGAAACUACACGUGAACUUUAUCGCGAAAUGAAUAGCAAGAUUGCUAGUGGAACAACUGCUCCUCCAUCCCGCGCACGUACUUGCGUUGGUGCUACAAGCAGAGCAUUCGGUCAACUUUUAGGCCGCUAUUUUGUCAUGAAGAACUUUGGGGGCGAACCUCAACGUAAGCAAGUAGCUAACUUUAUGGGAAACAUUCAGAAGUCUUGGUCUGAAAGAUUGGGUGAAAUCACUUGGCUAGAUGAUGAGACUCGCGCUCAAGCUGUAGAUAAAGUUCAGAAAAUUAAGCAUAAGGAAGCCUAUAGUACUAUUGCUCCUGAUGUUCGCUCUCCUGAAUCUUUGGGCUCUUAUUAUGCUGGGGUCAGUGUUAACACCGGUGAUUACUUUGGCAACAGGAAGUCUGCUCGCGUUUGGCAGACUAGACUUGAAUGGAGCAAAGUUAGCCAAGAAGUUGAUAAGGCUGAAUGGUACAUGGAUCCUCAUGAAGUGAAUGCAUAUUAUACACCUACGUUUAAUGAGAUUGUUGUCCCUGCUGGUAUAUUGCAAAAUCCCUUUUAUCACUCUGAUCUUCCCGAAUAUCUUAAUUAUGGUGGUAUUGGUGUUGUUAUUGGGCAUGAAAUAACACAUGCUUUUGAUAACUCGGGCCGUCUUUAUGAUGGCAAUGGCCGCUUGAAUACCUGGUGGACAAACGCCACUUCUGAAGCAUUUGAAUCAAAGAGCCAAUGUUUCGUCAAUCAAUACAACAAGUUUACAGUUCAAGGUCCAGGUAAUACAGAGUAUAACGUAAACGGAAAGAUGACUUUAGGAGAAAACUUGGCCGACAAUGGUGGUGUUCAUGCUGCUUUGAUGGCAAUGCGUAAAUCUCUUCAGGAAAAUCCACAAAACAAUUUGGCUUUACCUGAACUUAAACAAUUGUCACCUGAACAACUUUUCUUUAUCAAUUUUGGUCGAGUAUGGUGCACUAAUAUGCGUCCCGAAAUGGCUGUCCAAAGAGUUCGUAGCGAUGUUCAUUCACCUGCUAGGGCAAGAGUUAAUGGUGCAGUUCAAAAUAGCCCCGAAUUCGCUCAAGCUUUUCAAUGUAAAGCAGGAAGUCAGGCUAUGAAUCCAACCGAUAAAUGCCAGAUUUGGUGA